AACAGAAGUAAAACUUGAAUCGCGAUAGUGUGAACAAUACACGAGGAAUUCCCGUUGAAAAUACGUUUGCAAAUUGGAAAACGCAACGAAAUGAAUUUUACGAUCAGCGAGACAAAGUGGGUGAAAUUCGGGAAAUCUCACGACUUCGUCUUCGUUGGAAAAGAGACUGUUGCGACAGCCUCCGGCAUUUAUGUAAGCUUUUUGGAUCUGAAUACGAGAGAAAGGCGGAUCGAGCGUUUCGACUGUGAGGAAAGGGGCGAUGGCGCGUCUUGUUUGGCUGGACAUCCGGUAGUUUCUAUGUUUUCCAUAGUCGAGAGAAAACCGAAUCCCAAGAUCUCGAUAUUCAUGUACCCGACACUACAAAGGAUUUCCAGAUGUGUGCUGCCUGACAAAAUAAAUGGUUAUUUAUCCUGUUGCUUUGCUGGUACAGAAUAUCUGGCGAGUCUAACGAGUUUCCCGGAUUUCCGAAUAAUCGUGUGGCUCUGGAAAACAGGCAAACAUGUUGCGGCGCUUGAUACGAAGAUAGACAGCCUCACUCAAGAAAUUUCCUGCUCCCCGAAUCCACCGCAUUUCAUAUCGCAACUUGAGGCAGCCGAUGGCUCACUUUCGAUCUACCAGGUGCGCACGUGCUCGAAAAUCGUGAGUAUACAUCACGUGAACGUGCCGUACCCGGAACACAGAGUCGUGUCUUCGUCUUGGACUCCGGAAGGAAACCUAUUCAUCUGCGACGAGUUCGGCAACGUGUGGCUCAUGGCGAUAGACGCCAAUAAAUUAUACUCGGUAGUAAAAUUAGAGGCAUGCAUACCACCGAAGAACAAACCAAUUGUCGUCGCUUAUAAGGGCGGCGUGAUACUUGUGAAUGCCAACAAUGAAAUAACAUUUUACAAGAAGUCGUCAACCAACUGGAACGUAUCGUGGCAAUUCGUCUGGUCAAUUUCGACGGCCUACCAUUCCAUUCGUGUGGCGAAACGACACAGCUGUAAAGAUGGGCUUCUGUUCCACUCCAAAAGCGGAGAAAUUUUUGAGAUCAGCAUACAGCAUGACAACGUACCUCGCAUAGAAGUUAUUUAUACAGACGAUAUAGAAUACAAAGCACUGCUUUCUAUCUCUCAACGAGCGGAUCACGUCGCGGCGGUAGACCGGUUGGAUCGUCUUUGCAUUUUCGAGUUAUUGAGCGGCAAACUAACAGCAAGAUUAUCUUUAAAACAUCACGGUGAAGUUCUUCGUAUAGAUUCACAUCCUAAUCUGCCGAUGAUUGUGUCGUGCAACGUUGUUGGCAGCUGCAUUUUCAUCGACGUCACGAAUGUCUCAUCGCCCAAAAUUUUCAACUGUUUUCAUCUUCACAGAGACUUCUUGGACAAGAUGAAAUUCUCACGCUGCGGCGAGCUUUUGGCACUCGGCAAUUCUCAUGCUGGCAAUGUUUUCAUCGUUGCUAAACCGCUCAAGCAAAAAUGUAUGGACGUUGUCGGACAUUUAGAAAUUGGUGUAUAUAUAGCUGAUUUUCUGUUGUACAAAAGGAACGACGAUUGCUUCAAAAUCUUAAUCCUCGCAACUGCAAAUCCUUCUGUAACUUCGGUCGGCGGCGACAAAGUAAUCGUGUAUACCUGUGAGAUCUCCUGCAAUUUUUGCGCGUGUGCCACAUGUGUGAUAGACCUGUCGAGACCUUUUCAAACGCUGUAUCAUAGAUCACACAAGUCCCUGAGCAUAUUAGGUGUACCCUCUUUAUCCAAACAAUUGUAUCAAAUAGAAAUACAAAACAAUUUUCAAGAUAUUACUCUUACGAAAACGCUCUUCUCGGUGCAUCAGCUAAGGAACAUCGGAAUACACGUGACGGAUUCUCGCAUCAUAACGUAUGGAUAUGACGGCUUGAUCGUGAUUAGAGACGGCGCAGAACUUGGAAGAGUGUUUGCGAUUUUUAUGCCGCAUCAUCGGAGCAAAGGCGGAAUUAAGUCCGUAGUUUGUUCACGUUUUGGCGAAAUGAAUCGUCGAAAUGAAUCAGAAAUAAUCGUUUCCCUUGGUAGAAACGGCGACUUAGUUGCCAGCCGAGUCCGCUUGCCCGAAACAAGAGCAAACUUGGUAGAAACCGAGGCUGCAAGCACACAUUUGUCUAUUGAAGACUUCUCUUACGGCCCAAGCGAAAUCCUUGAAGGGGAAACCUGGUUGGACAGUGUAAUCGCCGCUAAACUGAAAGCCGAGUACAAGGAAGCUUUAUCUGUGCGAGCUUCGAUAAUGGUUGACUUGAAGAAGAUCAAGAAUCAGAUACGUGAGCUUCUCGACAUAAACGAGAGCAAGCUACCAGACGUCCGGCUGCCUAUCUCGACUUUCGACUUGGAUCGCCAGUUUCGACAGCAGAAGAUAGAAGAGGCGCGACUGAAACGACACGAGUUGCAUCGAAGUCUCGAGAAAGAGUGCGCUCAACGAGAUCAGGUGGUGUCAUAUCUGCGCGAAAUAUUUUGGACGCCGCUGCAGGUGAAGCCGUGCGCUCUCAGAUCUAUUGCUGGUGAUAUGAAAAUCCAUAAUUAUCCUCUCGUCGCGUCAAACCGAAAGAUGAACGACUUUAAAGUAUGGGACAGGUUGUCUUCGGACGCCGACGAAUUUCUAUACAGUUACGAGUUAUAUAACGGGACAGUAGACGAUGAAGGUGAUUCAAGACGAACAUCAUUAACGAGUUAUUUCGAUGACGCAUCUUCAGCGACUAACAACGAAACGAAAGAAGUAGACGAGAUGGCUAAGACGUGGUACACGUCGGCGGACGAAGUUGAAAAGUCGCGAAUAUCGGGUGUCACGACUCAUAAGUGGAUCAGGGAUGAAAGUAUAAUUUUAACGCAUCAGCUGUUAAUUCCGUGUAACAGUAAUCUGGAGACUAUCUUGGAAAACGACAUCAUCAUCGAAAAUCGAGAGCGUAAAUUAAAGAUGUAUUUUAACAAUCUCUUUGAGGAAAUGAGACGCUCAAAGGAAUACGAACUGGAGCGCGCAAAGAAGCGUAUCGAAAGACUUCGAUAUUGCGCUGCUGAGUUGAAGAGGAUGUUUAGGAUCGAUUUCUCCCUAAAACCGAUCGAGAUGCCGACCUGGAAUGUCGAUGAGAUACCCGAUUACGUAGUCACCGUAGAAGAUCGCGAAAUAUUUGAGAAACGAUUGCAACGAGGAGAGUUCGCACUCGGGAUAGUUCACGAAGACCGAGAAGAUGAAAGGGAAGGCGAAAAAAGUAACGAUUUCCAUCUGAAAGCUCUCGAUAAAAUGAUGGAUGGUGUGUUGGAACUUAGAUGGGAAGACGAGGUGAAAAAGGAGAUACCUGUCCCAAAAUGCCUAAUUUUGAAGCACCUUUUAAAACGUAUCGUCAAAGAUAUGGUAAUUAUUGCGGUGUAUAAGUUCAAAGUGCAAGUGCUGACAAAGAAACGAGAGAAAUAUAAAGCGAUGCUGCAGACUGAAAUUUCAGAAACGGAAGAAGCCUUGCGAAGAGACAUCUCAGCGUUCAACGACAAGUUGAAGGAUUUUGAAUUAAAGAAGAUACAGAUAGAAUGCUCGAUCUUCCAGGAGAGAUCGAUUAGGCUGCGAGCGAUUCGAAAGCAUCGAACCAAAGCCGAUAACAGGCAGGAGAUUGUGCGUUUCAUAGACGAGCAACUGACCCCUGCGACACGAGAGGCACACGAACUCGCCGAAGAAUGCAGUUCGCUCGAAACAGUCGUGUCGGAGUUGAAAGUUCGAUACGAUAAUCUCUGCAAGGCUGAGAAGCGUCAGGAAGCCAAGUUCCGCGGCGAAUUCGUGGAGCUGAAGCAGCCGAUGGUGGAACACUUGCUCAGACACUAUAAGAAGCGACCUAGGCUUGGUCGGCUCACUUCCACGUCCGUCACGUAUCUGACGGAGGUGGCCAGGUGUAUCGUGAGCGGCGACAAGUCCGAAAUCUUGCCGCGCGAGUGCCUGGACUUCCUCAGGGCCAUGGACGCGUUGGACACGAUGCCGGGCAACUUACCGCCGCAGAUUAACGUCAGUCAUUGGAGAAUGAUGUGUAAGCUGAGAAGAGCGAAGGUCGAGCUGGAAACGAAGGUGAGAUGCUGCGCGGUGGAGAUGGCUGAGGCGGAGCAGACGUUGUCGUUUUAUCAGAAAGCGAUGCAAUCGGCUGAUAACGUUGUGGCAUGCAAGAGGGUCAACCUGGACGACAUGGAGCAAGCCUCGACGCGACUCGCAGAGGAGAUGGAGGUGCAACUUGUCCUGAAGACGGGUCAGAUCGAGGUCCCGUUGCAAGGCUGUCCUGCAGACUACGUAAAUGCCGUUCUCGUGACCCGCGAGGAACUUUUACGUGUCAACGAUUGCAUAGUCGAAACCGGAAAACGGAAGCUGGCGGCGAUGCACAGAUCCAUACAUUCGCGAAAGGUCGUGUCGCAACACGAGUGGCAGCACGCUUGCGCCAAAAUGCUGUUGGAUGAUCUGCAGCAAGAGCUGAAAGACGUUCGACAAUUCAAGAUUACAAGAAACGUGCUCGAACACUUGACCAGUGAUCUACGCAGCAUAAAUCUGGAGGAAGAUUAUGAGAAGAUGCGAGCCAAUUUGCGAUUGUUUCAAAACAAAUUUCGUGGCCUGUUGGAAUUGGAACAAGUGUAUUUGAGAGAAGCGAGGCUGCUGUCGGCCAAGUGGAGGAGGAAAAACAACAGAAUGUCGCAGGAAAUCAAAUCGAAGUCGUCGGAUGUCGAGGAGUGCCGUAAGAUGCUGAAGGAUCCGUGUCGCGAGAAAGACGAAAAAUCUCGAAGGAUGAGACUGGCGAUGAUAGCGAGACGUACCAGACUUAUUAUGAAAGUCGAGGAUAAUUACGAACAGUUGCUGAUCCUACACGCUCGUUUGGAAGUCUUGAAGUUGCGAACUUAUCCGACCCUGAGAUGCAAAACUUAAAUUUAUGCGUUACCUCGGCAAAAGAUAUUUUGCGGUUGUUGAAAAAUAUCGAUGCUACAUCUUUUUUCUUUUAUUUGUGCUAUUUAUACAUUCGAAGAGCGGAGAAUACAUGCAUAUGCAAGGAGAAGGAAGAGAGAUGAGCAUUAGGUGCAUCGAACGCAUUCUUAAUCAGUUGCGUAAGUGUGCCGCAACGAUUAUCUUCACAUGUUGCAUCUGUCAUGAAUAUUUUUAUCUCGACCUUGAUCUUGUGCUAAAAAUCACGUGCUAGUUUUAGAGGAAAAUUACUGCUUCCAAGAAAGAAAUGAGGAAAGCGUUGUUGGUAAAUUAUCGCAACGCGAGGUAUAUCUCAUAAAACAAGUAAUAUGCUUUUCGGUCACUUGGAAACAAGAACAUGAUCAUUUUCAAAAAUAUGAAAAACAUUAAAAUUCCAAAAGUGACGACUUAAUCCAAAUUUAGCUUAAUCGCAGCUUCUCAGACACAACAAUCUUGGUCUAAAAAAGAAUUACUGUUUCGUACCACUCUUUAUUAAUAACAAUUAUAUCAAUGAAAAUCACUUGUUCAAUAAGUAAAGUAAGAAACUGAACGCGACAUUUGGCAAAGAGUAUUAACUUGUCUCUCGAGAUAAAACUACUUUUUUUAAUUUGUUUUUUAUAUGUGCAUAACAACUAUACGUUUCGAAGCACGCAACAUAACAACAUUAUCGAGCAUUUCUGAUAUCGUUUAUAGCGAGCGCGGAGAUUACACACUUAUCAGUUGUUUUGUAACGAUAAACAUAAGCGUGUAUUUGCGUUAUGUAUGGACCAUUUAAUCCAAUUUGGCAUCUAUCUAUCAUGAGAGGAAAACGGAGAGAGUUGUGGAAUAGGCGCGAUGUGACCUCACGUGUACACGGGGGAAUUACCCGCCGAUAGUUUCCUCGAUGUGAACAAAGAUCUCGUAUGUUUCUUUCCGUUGUUGCGAUGCAAAUUAACACACAGACAGCGGCGCGCGUACGCGCACUUGCGUGCAUGUCGCGUUCGAGGAGCAGCCGUGAAGGACACGAAUUUGACAAACAGAGGCUGAGAACGCGCGUCUGUGUUGAAACCAGCAAACGUACCGGACGAAGUGGACAGCAGAGCAAGUGAAAAAGAAUUGCCUCAAGGAUUUCCCUCGACGACGUUAUGAGAGACAGACCGGAGCAAGGAACCCAUCCUGGAAAGUUACCGAGAAUUUUACCGACUGCAGCGGUACCACGUCCGAUGAUGAUUUUAACAUUUAUCUUCUCGUAUAAACGAGAUGUCCCGUAAUAUUUUGCAAAUAGAAAAAUGAUCUUUGUCGAAAACCAAAAGUAUUCUCUCUCUCUCUCUCUCUCUCUCUAUCUCUCUAUCUCCUCUUCCUCUUUCUUUUUUGGUCAAAAGAUGAAAACUCAAUUAGACAUUAUUCUCUCUGAUGACAUAUG